CAGUUCGGGCUCUCGGCACACGCGUUUCCAACUUCAGUUGGUGUGUGUCGAAGAAGGAGGAGAAGAAUCCCGACUCCGACCCGAGGAAGCCAACCACCGGAGAAGGUCCACCGAGCGUCGCCGAGGUCCGCUGCGCGGUCCGCGGUCCGGAGCUUCUCCGGACCGCGGUCACCAGUGGACCUUCGCCCGGCCAGGUGUGAGACCCCAUCGCCCUUCCUGUCUUCGCAGAGGAGUCCUCGCGUGGUGAGUAUGCGGAACAGGAGAAGACGCCGAACACGAGGGGCCCAGGGUCCGGGGCAUCCUCCCCAGAGUGAAGCAACACCUGGGAGGUCCCCACCCUCCACCAUGGCUGAGGCAGGUGGUUCCGACUGCCCGCCCCCCCCUCCUCCUCCUCCCCCCAACGACAACAACAACAACAACAGGCCCAGCAGCCCUGUGCCCAUCCUGGGUCGGCGCCGACGCCGACGCGCACAGCACCAUGGAGACAACGGCAACCUCCCAGAGGGCGAGGACCAGCUGUGGGAGAACCACCGCACCCUGCAGUACCACGUGCACUGGCUCCCGUCGGGGAACAACACCCUCCGCUACCCGCCGGAAGAGGAGGAAGUUGAACCAGAGCCUGAACAAGUUCAGAUCCAGGUGCCUGAAGACAGUGAAGAGGAAGAGCUCCAGGGCGCUACAGCAGCUCCUUCUCCAGCGCUGCUCUUCGGCGAUGACAGCCUUGAAGACCUUCCCUUCAAGUUUGAUGGCAACCCAGACAUGCUGAGUCAGUUCAUAUCCCAGUGCCGGCUCUUCUUGGAAAAGGGCACCAGAGUUCUCGCAGAUGAUCGAACCCGCGUGUGCUUCGUGACAAGCAUGCUGACCGGCCGGGCCGCCCGCUGGGCUACUGCUAAACUGGACCGAUCCACUUACCUGAUGCACAACUACGAGGCCUUUAUGAUGGAGCUGAAGCAUGUCUUUGAAGACCCUCAGAGGCGUGAAGCUGCCAAACGCCAGAUCAGACGUCUGCGCCAGGGCCCGGAUUCUGUCGCCGAUUAUGGCAACGAAUUCCAGAUGCUUGCCCUGGAGCUGGAUUGGAGUGAGCCUGCUCUAAUCGAUCAGUUCCUUGAAGGCCUCAGCGACGCCAUGCAUGAGGAGCUCGCUCACCAGGAGAUCCCGGACACCCUGUCCGAGCUGAUCAGCCUUUGCAUUUUCAUCGAGAGAAGAAUGGUCCGUGAUGCUGCUGCCCGAGCUAACCCACCCAGAGCCCUGGUGUUGCCUCAGACCCACCAGAUGGAUCCCACUGAGCCCGUGGGAGGUGCCCGCAUGCGCCUGACCCAGGAAGAAAAAGAAAGACGCCGUAAACUGAACUUAUGCCUGUACUGCGGUAGUGGAGGCCACUAUGCUGAUAACUGUCCUGCGAAGGCCUCCAAAAAUUCACCGCAGGGAAACUCCCCGGCCCCGCUGUAGAGGGACCUUCAGCGACCGGGCCGGAACGAAUAAGGUCCCCACCCCCCGAGGCUGCGUCUACUCACCUUCAA